AUGAUGAAAUUUGUGUGGCAGUCCUUUUUGUGCAACAGGAGUGAUGACAGCAGUGAUGAAGAAGAAUUGAAAUCGUCAUCAUCCGAAUCAACACAGUCACACUCGCAAGAAACUGCAACUUUGAAUGGAUCACACCAAGUGGAACUAACAUCAUCGACUUCAACAACAAAACACUCUCGAAGCAACAGUAACAAGGAAAAUCAUGUCAUGGCCAACCGAUUUAACAUGAUCGAGAGUAUUCAAUCAUGCAGCAAUGCUACAGACGAGUCGAUUCAACAGACUGAAGUGUCAAAACUUGGUGAUACAAUUCCACUCAUUGGUUCGGAUAUUGCCCGUUUGAUUUCUCGCAUGAAAAUUGAUGGCAUUCAAAUCAUAAACUUGGAAGUUUCAUCCUCAUCAGAUAGAGAUCUAUUGAUGGAAGGAUCAGCAAGAUUCUUUGAACAAGUUUUUCACACAUUCGAUUUGAAAGAUCUAUAUGAUUCUAGGAGACACCUCUUGACCUCAUUCACGAACGGCUCUUCAACAACAGAAUCUUCCUCUGAGCUUUUAAAGAAAGGAAUUGUACUCUUACUCGAAGACAUGUGUCGUGCAUGUCUCACCGACAAAUAUUUAAGGAAAUUUAAGAAUGCUCUAAAAUUUUUUAGUUGUCUGACGCAGGAAUCCAUAUCCUCAUUUGUCAUUCAGUUAAAAUCAAAACUAAAAGUUGAAUAUAGAGGAAGAGCACGAAUAUUUGAUGGUAGAAUGUGGAUUGUGGAGAUGAAUUUGAAUGUUGAUAAUGGUGGAAACAACCACAACUCAUCACCAAGACUAGAGAUUACUCAUCGUAGAACUGAAAGACUGUGUCAAAGUGACUCUCGAACCAAAGAUUUGCUCCACAUUGUACAAACUCCAAGAGCUGCAGGUUCGAGCAUUGAAGAAGUUUGUAAAUUCGUGUGGUCUAUUACCUUCUCUUUUUUCAUGCAAGACUCCUUAAAUCAUCACACGGAGAACAAAGACUCCACCUCCUCGCAACAACUUUAUCUGGACUCUCCUGUUAAGGUCGAUUUUGAGCAAGUGGAACAAUACAAUACUCCAUCCGUUUUACUAUUUCUUAAUGCCGAUUCGGAAGAAGAAUUCUCUCAUGACCAUCAACAACAACCAUCAGAGCAAGAACUGAAUUCUCAACUCGUCACUCAUUUGAAAGACUUUUUCAAAAACUCUUUUAAAAGAUCAACCAAUAUGUGA